UUAGCGAGCCCCGUACUUCUUUCUCUCGUCUGGAAUCUGUGAGCACAAUAACAACGUGUUGUCAUAUUAAUCACACAACAGAAAUAUUCACGAUGCUGCAUGUGAUUGGUGGUCGCCAGAUUUGGCGCCAGAUUUGGGGUCAGAUUCAUCUACCGCCAAGAUCCAGGGAAGGCGUGACACUGACACCUCUGUCAAGAAAGUUCUGCAAAAUGCCCACUGAUAAUGUCACACUCCAGUUUGCCAAACUGACAGAGAAUGGCCGUGCACCAACAAGAGGAUCCAAAUAUGCCGCAGGAUACGAUUUGUACAGUGCCUAUGACUAUUUGAUCCCGGCGGGAGACAAGAUUAUCGCCAAGACAGACAUCCAGAUAGCUGUUCCUGAGGGGUCUUAUGGCAGAGUUGCUCCACGAUCCGGCCUGGCAGCCAAACACUUCAUUGAUGUAGGAGCUGGUGUUAUAGACCAGGACUACAGAGGUAAUGUUGGUGUUGUCAUGUUCAACUUUGGCAAACAAGAUUUCAAAGUGAACAGUGGUGAUCGUAUUGCACAGCUCAUCUGUGAGAGAAUAUACAUUCCUGAACUGCAAGAAUUAGAGAAGCUUGAUGCAACUGAGCGAGGAUCCGGCGGGUUUGGAUCAACUGGCAAAAACUGAUUGUCUUCCUUGUGUAAUAUAGAUUAUAUGCAGUGGCACUGGAUCCCAGAAAGUGUGGCACAUGAUGCUGCCAGAUAAGGAAGUGCUGAUCUGAUUGAACAGUUUUUGGGAAGUAGUAUGCAUUCACACGUUGUGUUGCAACAGAGGAAGUCUGUCAAGAAGCUUCUAUCGUUUCAUAUUUCGCAUUUAUUUUUCUAAUCAUCACCUUUAGGUGUAUAAUCAUCACUUGCCACUUUGUCUUCCGAUUUGGUGAGUUUUCUCGUGAAACUACCAAAACACUACCUGGCAUUAAACAUUGUUUCUUA